AUGGACGAGAUUAAUCGAUGGGCAGACAUCGAUGAAAAUUUGUUGAAAGAAAUUUCAAAAUGGUUCCAUGCCUACCAUGAUUACAUCCAACUUCGAUUGGUUUGCAAACAGUGGAGCUUGAAACUUCCAAAGAUUUCCAAUGAAAACAAAAUUCCGUGGUUAUUGUUACCUGACGAAACUGUCAAGAAUCAAUCUUACGAAGACAAGGAGAUUCAUCAUCUCAUGCAAACUCUUGAUACUUGCGCCAUUGAAGAGAAAGAUAUUUACCAUAUCAUGCUGCCAGAGAUGCAGUCCUACAACAAGUUAAUUCGCGGUUCUGGUCAUGGAUGGUUGAUUGUCAUAUCCAGAUCUGAUGGCACUAUGCAAAUGUUAAAUCCAUUUACAAAUCGUAGAUUGGAUCUUCCUCCAGUCUCAACUUUACCCGAUAUAAUUGAUUACCAGCCUGAUAAUCAUGGGAAUGAAUAUAUACUAUGGGAUUAUAGUGACAUUAGGAUCACCGAGGAAAGAGAUAAAGUGCAUAGAUUGCAUGCUGUUAAGGUUAUUAUAAACUCAUCUCCUGAGUAUGACAUUGAAAAUUUUCUGGCGGUGGUGAUAUUCGGACUUUACCGGAGGCUGGCCUUUUACAAGCCUGCAAAUAUGAGAUGA